AUGCUACUGCGUGUUUUGUUUGGUGGGGAGCAGAAGUACGUGAAACUCUCUGACCUAACAUUUGAUGCAUUCCUGAGAGAAGUGUGCCUGAAAUUCAACAUUCCAGAAGGCAGACAGCAAGAUCUGAAGGUGUAUGACCAGUCUGAUACAGAAGUUGAUGUAGAUGUUUUUGAAGAAAUAGUGAAUCAGUCACCUGGAACCUUUCGAGUUAUGUUGAGCAACAAAGAAGAUCCUGGUGCUGUUCUAUCAUCAUCAUCUUCAUCUUCUGUCGCAUCUGAUGAUACUAUCAUUCUGAAUUUCACAAUGUGUGACCCAUCAGAAGAAGAAACCACUGCUGAAGGAAGUCAACCUAAAAGGCCACGUCACAUCAAUUAUGAGGCGCAAGCGUUGAUUGAAAAAAUCUUGACAACAAAGCCUGGUGGUGAGCAUAUCAUGCAAGAGUAUGCAAGAACUAAAUGCUUGACAGAUGCAACCAGAAGACAGAUGAUAAACAUCCUUACAGCUGCAAUGACAGAAGCACAUGGAUCAUCCCCUCCUAAAAGUGUCAGAGUGAUGUAUGCUCAGGGGAUCGUUGCCCUAUUUCCUUAUCUGGAGGACCCGUUUUCAAAACAUGGAUAUGAACAUUACUAUGAUCCAGAGAGCGGUUCAGGAUACCUUGCAUGGCGUUUAAAGACCAUUCAAAGAAAAACUGCAGAGGAAAGGGGUGCCUCAGGUAGCAAAUCUCCCAAAAGUGGUGGACCAGGCUAUGGUCAAUCCAGGGUUUUCACUGCUGACAAAGUGCUGUCAGAUGAGGAAGUGGAAGCAGCUAUUGCUGUUUUGAAACACUCUGCUGAUGAUGACACUGUCCGUGAGAAGAUGAAGGCUACCUUCCAUUACCGUCAUUCAAUGGUCAAUGAUGAAAAGAAAGCAGCAAGUGUCUUCUCUGUCUUUCCACGGUUUCUGGACACACCAGGACUGAUAGAACAAGAUUUCAGACUCCUGUUUGGCGAAGGCACUGCCAACAAAUUUUUGGAGAAGUGGCCCACCAGUCUCAAAUCCAAGGUUAUAAAGGAAAGCCAAGGCCUGGUACCUACCACUGAGCUCUUGGAUUUAUUGCGGAAUGCCGAGUUGGCUGCUGAAGCUGAGAAUGGUUGGGAUAGUGACAUGUCUGCUAUUUUGCUUCUGCUGCAUCUGCUACCACCAUCUGCACAAGGACGAAAGAGGCCGGGUAAGAUGUCUGCAUCUCAAGCAGUGGAUCACCUCAUCAGAUUUCUAAAGGUUGGAACCAGUGUACCGCUGCAUCUUGACAAAAUCACACAACGUACCCAGCCUUACCUCCUUGCCCAGGGAUCCAUCCAAAGCAGUAUUCACACAUUCUUCAUUGUGAUCGACAACUAUGCUAUUCCAUGUAAGGCAACAUGUUCAGUUGGAGCUCUUGAUGAGCUCUUUAAGGCCCAUUAUGUGUUUGGUACGUCGUACAGUGCUCCCUUGACCAACUUCUUCACCUUUCUCCAAACAACUGUUUACAACAUAGAUGUUGGAGAAACAAAGGAAACUCCCAGAGUUGCAGAGUUGAGAGCAAGAAUGCUCCAUUAGUGUGACAUCAAACAAUGAAGUGUUUCAUCUGCAAAUGUGACAGUGAUGCACCAAACAGCCUUGUUAAGCAUACAAAUGUCAUAUGGAGCAAAUGACACUGCUCUUUUUGUUGUCCCAUAUUGCUAUCUUUGGUGAACAUUGUUUUGAAGAUGGUUAAACUGACACUGUUACAGUAAUUAUGUCACUGGAUCAUAAAGUUGAAUAAAUGUUGUGACUGUGAACUUAAAACUUUGUGAUUAUUGUGAUUGGUAGAUUUUAUAAAACCCAU